AACCCGUGUUAGCUUCCGAUCUUUCGAGAGAAGAAAAUGAAGGCGAGACGCGCGUUACACUUUGUCUUCAAAGUCGGCGACCGAGCUCAGACCAUCCGUUUUUACCGAGAGCUACUGGGCAUGCGCGUCCUGAGACAUGAAGAAUUUGAAGAAGGUUGCAAGGCCGCAUGCAACGGUCCCUACGAUGGCAAAUGGAGCAAAACUAUGGUGGGCUAUGGACCGGAGGAUGACCACUUUGUCGCAGAGCUAACUUACAACUACGGUGUUGGGAAUUACCACCUUGGCAAUGAUUUCCAGGGGAUGACUGUUGCAUCAAGCCAAGCUGUGAAAAACGCCAGAAAAUUGCGGUGGCCACUGAAGGAGAUCUCAGCAGGCCUUUACGAAUCGGAAGCCCCGGGAGGAUAUAAGUUCUUUCUGGAAGACAAAGAGCGACCUCAAGAAGAUCCGGUGCUGAAGGUGACUCUGGCUGUAUCCAACCUGCCGAAAUCGGUAGAAUACUGGUCCAGGUUGCUGGGCAUGAAAGUAUACGAGAAGGACGAAGGGAAGAAGAAUGUUUUGCUCGGUUAUGCCGAUAACCAGUGUAAACUCGAGCUGCAAAGCAUCGGCCAGGCUGUGGACCAUGGCACGGCCUUCGGGCGAAUCGCCUUCUCUUGCCCCAAGGAAGAGUUGCCUGUUAUUGAAGCCUUAAUGAAAAAGGAGAACCAGAAGAUUUUGACUCCUUUGUUGAGCCUGGACACCCCCGGGAAAGCAACUGUGCAAGUUGUGAUUUUGGCUGAUCCUGCAAUGGCGGCCGAUAAAAGCCACGAGUGGUUUGCCAAACAUAACCGCUCCAAGCCUUCGGCAUAACCCACCGGGGUUUGCUAACCCACGAC